AAUCCUUUUCUUUACAAUACUUUUAAUCUACCAAACAAUGCUAAAAUGUCUCGCUGUUAUCUCGAGGUUGGAAAUGGAAAUGAGUACCCUGAUAUUCAUUUUAAACCAAAUACAGAUCCAGCAAGAGUUUUCAGAGAAGUAAUGUCAUACGUUUAUGCAAAUAACGACUUUCAAGGUGGAACACUACUUAAUAGAUCAAAUUUUGAGUCUUUGUUCCCGUUUGUUUACUUUGACCUAACAAAACAAAAAUUGGAUAUAAAAGAUGGAGCUACAAAAUUAGCAUUUCACUACGAACUAUCUGCUAAUCCAAAUGCUGAUUACAAUUUAUACGCUUUAGUCUUACAUGAAAGAAUAGCAGAAAUCGAACAGCAAGGAGGAAAACUAUUGCUACGUGCUUAA